AUUAAUACCGCCUCGCCGGGAGAUGCGGGCGUGCUGAGCUCGGGGAUUGGCCUCGGGCACCGUCGGCCAUCCCCUUCAAUUUUAAAUACACGUUCCUCUUACCUCCGAGGGGGACAGAAACAAAUAAAAGAAGAGGAAGAAACGCCGUCAAAUUUCCUCCAAAACCAGCCCGUCCAGGCAAUCGGGUUUGGGUUAGAGGGAGACGGAGUGGUUGCAAAUUCUUCCAAGGCAGGAUCCAGGUACCCAGAAGGAAGGAACGCCGCGGGCUGCAGGGCUGGGGGCGCAUCCCCUUCCAGCUCCCGGAGGACCCCCAGAAGCUGUGGUCGGGGAAAUCGGAGACCAUUGAUCUUGCCCCGGUCCCUGCCUGCAUUUCUCCCUUUUUUCCGGAGGACAACCUGGAACACCAGCGAGCGGCGACAGCAUGAGCCUGUGCUGACCUCCGGCCGGCCGGCCAAGCCCUGGGCUUUGUCGUGGUACCUGCGCCCGGCUCGCGCCGCAACUCUGCGCCCAGCUUUUGCAAUCUUUUGUUGGCAGCGCUGACCGCUCUAAGUUAAAUGCUCCCUGGCAUUUUUGUGUGUGUGUGUGUCUGUUUGUUUAAUUUUGGGAGAGCUCUUGCGAUCUUGGAAAAGCCUCAGACGCCAUCUACAGUUAAAUCGUAGAUAACUACCCUCUCCGGCACCCCCCCUUCCACGCCCCCCACCCUUUCCACCAAAAAAGGGGGUGCAGCGCGGAUUCCGUCUGCCGCGCGGCGCGAGCCGGUAGACCCGUGCCGAUUUCCUUUUUCUUUUUGUUGGGUUUCCGAGGCGUGGAGAGCAAGCCGCCGCGGUGCGCGCCCCGAAGACCGCACAGACUAGAGCAGGGCUCCUCCGCCCGGUCUGCGAGUCUGAAGCCUGCGUGGGGAUCGCUCCGGGGGACCCGGUGCUGCAGCUCCCGCUUUAGCAAUCCGACUCCUCGUCUACAUCCACGUUGGAGAGAGAGGGGGAAAGAGAGAGAAACUAAAAGUGCGGAGAUCCUGCACCUCGCUGGCUGCUGUGGGUUAACAAAAGGACCCGAGCCGCUGCCGACCGAGUACCCCCGGGAGCCGCGCUCGGAGCAGACCAGGUGCCCGGCGGCGCCCAUUUGAGGCUGCUAACUCUUUCUCCGCGUCCCCCCUUCUCGUCCCCUCCCCUCGCGUCCCCUUUUAAAAUCCGUGGCACCGAGGCGCCUGCAGCCGCACUCGCCAGCGACUCAUCCCUCCAGCGGGUUUUUUUGUUGGUCGUGUGCGAUCCCCACACUCAUGAACAUACACAGGUCCACCCCCAUCACCAUAGCGAGAUAUGGGAGAUCGCGGAACAAAACCCAGGAUUUCGAAGAGUUGUCGUCUAUAAGGUCCGCCGAGCCCAGCCAGAGUUUCAGCCCGAACCUCGGCUCUCCGAGCCCGCCCGAGACUCCGAACUUGUCGCAUUGCGUUUCUUGCAUCGGGAAAUACUUAUUGUUGGAACCUCUGGAGGGAGACCACGUUUUCCGAGCGGUGCAUCUGCACAGUGGAGAGGAGCUGGUGUGCAAGGUGUUUGAUAUCAGCUGCUACCAGGAGUCCCUGGCCCCAUGCUUUUGCCUGUCUGCCCACAGCAACAUCAACCAAAUCACCGAAAUUAUCCUGGGGGAGACCAAAGCCUAUGUGUUCUUUGAACGAAGCUAUGGGGACAUGCAUUCCUUUGUGCGCACGUGCAAGAAGCUGAGGGAGGAGGAGGCGGCCAGACUGUUCUACCAGAUCGCCUCUGCCGUGGCCCAUUGCCACGACGGGGGGCUGGUGCUGCGCGACCUCAAGCUGCGGAAGUUCAUCUUCAAAGACGAAGAAAGGACCCGGGUCAAGCUGGAAAGCCUGGAAGAUGCCUACAUUCUGCGGGGAGACGACGACUCCCUCUCUGAUAAGCACGGCUGCCCGGCUUACGUGAGCCCCGAGAUCCUGAACACUAGUGGCAGCUACUCGGGCAAAGCGGCCGAUGUGUGGAGCCUGGGCGUGAUGCUGUACACCAUGUUGGUGGGGCGGUACCCCUUCCAUGACAUUGAGCCCAGCUCCCUCUUCAGCAAGAUCCGGCGUGGCCAGUUCAACAUUCCAGAGACCCUGUCGCCCAAGGCCAAGUGCCUCAUCCGGAGCAUCCUGCGGCGGGAGCCCUCGGAGCGGCUGACCUCGCAGGAAAUUCUGGACCAUCCUUGGUUUUCUACAGAUUUUAGCGUCUCGAAUUCAGGAUACGGUGCUAAGGAGGUGUCGGAUCAGCUGGUGCCGGACGUCAACAUGGAGGAGAACUUGGACCCGUUCUUUAACUGAGCUCACCCCCCCACCCCCCGAGACUGAGCUGGUGCCAGGAGUGGCAGAGGGCAGUGGAAAGGGGUCCUGCCAGGGACACAUGUCACCUGGCUUGGUGGAGGAGACACUCACAGGUUUCUUGGUUCAAAGAAGGAAAACCUUCAAGGAGCUGAUGGAACAUGUCGCACGGGGGGCCAGAGGUGUGGGGCGGGGUCAGGCUCAGGGGUCGGGUCAGGGGGUGGGAGCCCCCUGGAGUUUCUCCUCCCCAAUGUGGCCCCAGGGACCACCCUGUCAGUUGGCUCCGCCCACUUUGCAUUUCCUUCAGAAGUAGUCACAGGUCCCCACAGAAUCAACCUCUGCCUCAAACAGCAUCUUGGCAUUGCACUGUUAGCAUUUAACUCCUUGUCGUGAUUCAGGGAAGGUACAACCGGCCAAGGGUUUCUUUUCCUUUUUCGUUUUGGUUUUGUUUUUGUUUUCUUGCGAAACAAGCCAACCACCUAUCUGGUAAUUACCGUUCACUUCAAAAACAAUUCGGUGCACACAGACUGACCUGAGACCUGGGUGCUACGCUACAGAAAAUCAAAGUCCAGUGUGUGUGUCUUAAUCGCUCUCUCCGACUCAUUUCUUCUAAAGAAACGAUCUCAUGUGCCGGGCAGGAAAUGACAUGUUCAUUCUGUGCUCCCUGAAGGGGGGGAAAAAAUAAUCGGUCCUUUAAUAAGCUAUUCUGUUUUGCGUCGAUUGGUUUGUGGCAGGAAGCUAUUAGAAGUCAAACUUCCAGAUGCAUUACUGCUAUCAUAGUUUAAAGAAAGAAAGAAAGAAAGAAAAAGGAAGGAGAAGAGGCGUUCGACUCCCCAGUGUUUCUCUUCUGAACGAGGAGGUUUCCCUGACAGGCGUUCCUGGUGGUGGCUGUGGGGUCUGAAACCCGGGCUCUCAACGAAACCUUUUUAUCUUUGUUUCAUUGGAGGCUAGUGGGGCAAAGCAUGUUAUACAUGUUGUCCAACAUGUAUAAAAUACAGGGCAGCUUCUUCGUUUUCUUUACGAAUGAUCCGUGUGGCUUGGAAGGCCCUCUGCUUUGGACAAAAACCCUCGGUAGAGACAAGUGGGAAAGAAAAUCGGCUGAAAGCUAGGGUGAUAUAAAUAAAAACAGCUCUCUAUCCCAAUACGCACCUUUGUAUCAUCAAGAACUCUUCUAUUUAUUAAGGAAAAUGUCACAUUGUGAUGUAUUAAGCCAGUACUUCAAUUACGGGUUGACUUGGGAUGACAUGUUACAUGCUGUCGUUAACAUUUAUAUAUAUAUAUAUAUUUUUUUUUUUCUUGUUUGAGUAUUUCUGUCCCUGAAAUAACCUUUCCUUUGCCUUUUCUAGAUAGCUUUAUUUGAUUUUGAGUGGCCAAUGU